AUGGAUAAUAAAAAUGAAAUACACCGCCUUAAUAUUAAAGAAGCAAUUGAGUUUACUUGUGAGGCAUGGAAAAAUGUAACUUCUCAAACAAUUAUUAAUUGUUGGCAUAAAACUGAAAUCGUACCGUUGGUUGAUUGGAAUUGGAUUAAAGAAUUCAAAUAUAAAGAACAUGAAAGUAUAAGACCAGAAAAUAAUAUUGAGCAACUUAUUUCUAAUAUUUCUUCUAAUUAUAUGCAAGUAAUGGAAGCUAAUAAAUAUAUUUAUAUCGAUGAUAAUAUUAUGACAGAAGAAGUAGUUACUGAUGAAAAAGCAAUUAUAGAAGAAAUUCUUUAA